CAGCCAUUCAGUUGUAUUCGCGACGCCCUUGCGUUCGGACACGUUCCUGUGUGUGUGUUCGCGCGUUCUGGCGUUCUGAUUAUUGUGUCGUGUCGUGAAGAUUUGUGGACUUGAAAUACACACAUUUUCGCGGCUCUGUUCGUGACUGUUAAUCCAUAUACGUAUUGUUUUAUUAUUAUUAGUGUUUCAUUUUUUAUUCUACCUUGUCAGGCGCAUCUUCGAGGACAAGAUGAGCGGCGGCGCCAAGAUCACCAUCAGCCAGGAGGGCGAGCGGAAGGCCAUCAGCUGCAGCUACAGCCGCGACGGCCGCACCCCCGGCGUCUACUACCCCGCGGAGCCCCAGCGCCCCAAGCGGCAGCGGCAGCGCGCCCCGCAGCCCAACGGCACCGACAGGAGCGCCGGCGGCAGCACCUCCCGGAAGGACACGUGCUCUCGCCUGGCCGAGCGCGUGACUUCGGCCCUCCAGGCUCCCCUCGCCCGCGUCGGCCGCUACCUCGCCGCCCUCGCGCCCUCGUCCGCCUCCUCUGGCCAGGGCGCCUCGUCCUCCCGCGGCAACGCCCACAACAACAACACCGUCGACGCCUCCUCCAGGUCAGCCACCACGAAGAACAACACCAAAUCCUCCGGCAAGAUGUCCGGCGCCAAGAAGAACCCGCCGGCGCCCGCCCUCCACAAGGUGAUCAUGGUGGGCGCGGGCGGCGUCGGGAAGUCCGCCCUCACGCUGCAGUUCAUGUACGAUGAGGUUAGUGCCGGCGGGUCUGCGUCGACCAGCCCAGCUUUGCUCGGUCGCCUUGGCUUCGCAGACAUGUCGCUAGACCUACGAGACUCACUGUUCAGCGCCAUUUUCAAAGUCACUGUAGUUAGUUUGGGUGAUCCCCCAGCCAACUCUGGCGAUUGGCACUGUGGGUCCGAGUGCCGCGUCCACGGAGCCGUUCGGGGGACUACGAGCCCACCCAAAGCCGACAGUUACCGCAAGAAGGUCGUGCUCGACGGCGAGGAAGUGCAGAUCGACAUCCUCGACACGGCGGGCCAGGAGGACUACGCCGCCAUCAGGGAUAAUUACUUCAGUGAGGGGGCUUUCCGUUUGUUCUCCAUACAGAGGCGAUCCCUUCCCGCCACGGAGCUCUUCAGGGAGCAGAUCCUGCGCGUGAAGAACGACGACCACAUCCCGUUCCUGCUGGUGGGCAACAAGGCCGACCUGAACGAGCGCCGGAAAGUGAGAGAGGAGGACGCCAAGAACCGCGCCAGCCAGUGGGGGGUCCCCUAUGUUGAAACCUCGGCCAAAACGCGAGCCAAUGUUGAUAAGGCAUUCUACGACUUGACUCGCAUGAUAUCAGCCAGCAAGCAGCAGGCUGACAGCCCAGACGAGACAGAAAACAAACCUACCAAGUGCUGCUGCAUUUCAUAGUCCCCCACGACUAAACUAGCCAAUGCCUGUGAAUGAAACCAAUACAUGGAGAUUUUUUUUUAUCAUUCAUAGAUGUAGGAGGUGUUUAAUUUGUUUUGUAGGUGAUGACAAUAGCCCCCGGUGUAUGUGUGAAGGAUAUUAUACAAUGUGUAGGUGAAAGAAGAGAUGACUUUUUUAAUGUGCUAUUGAAACUAAACCCUUCAUUACUCUCAAAUGACAUAGGGUCUUCUCCCCACUCUGUCUCAGUCACUUGGAAUAUUUGUUUACAGUGUUUAAGAUGCCUCCUGUCUUGUCUUAAGGUUUCUUGUAUACUAGAGGGGCUCCAAGAUGAUCCUCUGGGUUGUUUUGCUUGAAAAUGAAUUUGUAAUGUAAGUUUUGCAGAUAGUGCAUCUGUCUGAUUCAUACUCAUUAGGUCAUUUUUCUUUCUUACUUUUUUGUUUGAAUUUUUUUCCUUCUUCCUUCAUUACUAUUUCUAGAAAUUUAAGUGCUUAUUAUUGAUAUAAGGGUAUAAAACUGAAGCCCGCUAAUCAGAUCCCAGUGAGUGCUCAUUGAAGUGAUCUACAGAAAAUAUGUAUUUAUGUGAUGUCGCCAAAAGACAAACCUUGAAGCUGUGAAAGGCGACUUUGUUACUGUCAUCAUCCUUGUAUGUUUUGCUGAAUGUUAAAGGUGAUUGUUAGGCAUCAUAGAUAUUUAUGAUGUGCUCAUUGUGAGUGAAUAAACAUUCAGUGUACUUUUUUUCUUUUAUGUCAACCAUUCCUAAAUAAUGAAGAUUUUUCUCAGAAAUAAGUAGGCAAAGGAAUAAGUAAAUGCCAUAAGGUUGAAUUGAUUUCUUAGAAGAUUUAGAGGGAACAUAGAAGAUUAUUUAAGAGGCUUGCUCUUCCUGCCUUACAAGUUUCAUAUUUAAAAACUGAGUAUUGGUUGUCACACUAUAGUUGAAUUAAGAGUAAAUGAAAACAAAGAGUCUAAUUAAUGAAUUUUAUACAAGGUGGGGUUAGGCCAGCCAUUCCAUUGUACUCAGAUCCUAACCCACACCUUCUAUACCAUUGCUUAGGUGAAUGCAAAGUAAAAAUAUGCUUGCAGAUGUAACAAGAUGUCAAUAUAUAUAUAUUUUUUUCUUCAUUGUAGAAGUCACCUCAUGGUGCUCUUUGGAAAGAGGUAACUUGACGGUUUUCUACCCCCCCCCCCCCCCCCCCCGGCAUUUCAACCACAUGACUUGUCAGCUGGAAGUUAAAGAUGGCAAGGUAAAGGAAAAUUUGAAAGGGAAAGGGAAAGCUUGUUUACUUUUUUUCAUUUUCCUGAUAGGUCUACCUCUGCAUUUUAGCCACACAGGCAAGGUGUGUGUGUGUGUGUGUGUGUGUGUACCAGACUGUGAAGUCCAAAAGCCAUAUAGAAAAAAAAAAAUUAAUUCCUUUAAAGAUUGCUGUUACAUACUCCACUGAUUUCAUACUCAUUGUGUACAACCUUAAUAACAACCAACGCAGCUGAUGUUUGUUUUAAUUUCAUUAAGUUUUUUUUCAGUCGCAGUACAGAUGACUAGAUAAUUAUGAAAGAUUAGGUAGCUUGCCAAGAACAAGUGGUGUCAUUGGAAGACAUUGCUCAUGCAUGAAGUCUUUGCUGCUUGGACUGUGUGGCAGUGCAGUGUAGAGGAGAAAUGAAGUGAUCUGAAAAGCAAAUAUGCCUUUAGCAAAUGUAAACAGCUUUCCUUGUGCCUUCAAUUUGGUUUCUUUUGUAAGUUUAGAAGAAAAGAUUUCUUUAUUUUUGUUUACUUAUUUACUUUAAAAUUGUUUUUAUAAUAUCAGAUCAGUUUUUAUUUUUAUGGAAAAUUAGACUGGAACAUUGUACAAAUUCACUUUUGCUGUAAUGCAAUAAAUUUAAAAGUAGACCAUCUUGUAUAAUAUCAUUAUUUUCAUUUGGAAGUAGAUUACAAAACAGAAAAAUAAACCUCCAAAAGUAAGUAAAUAUCUUUUAUGGGUUGUUUGUAUGUUUGUUUAACAGCCCUGCAGCAUUCCCUUACAAAUAUAUAUGUAUGUAUAUGUAUUUAUAUAUGUAUAUACAUAUAUGUAUAAAUGUUUUCUUCAGUAAUAUUCUAGUAGGUAUCGACUUCUUUCUUGCCUUGAUUGUAGUAAAGAAUAAUUGACAUAACAGAGGACAUUAAGGAACUUGAUUGGAAAUGAAAUAAACAAUUAUCUUGUCAUUUGCACUAUCAAGUCACAAUAUUGGUGUACUAAGGGCACAUGACUAUAUAUAUACACACACAUGUACUGUAUGUGUAUAUGUAUGCAUGUAUAAAGAUAUUUGUAUAUGUAUAUGUAUAUGCAUGCAUAUGUAUGUAUGUAUAUAUGACUAUAUUUAUGGAAAUUACCACAAAACUACCAGCUACAUUGAAUGCACAAAUUUCAGCUGCCACAACGAUAAUGUAUACCAGAUUUGCAGCUUAUUUAAGUUUUACAUAGUAGUUUUAAAGGAUUACUUUCCAAGUCCCUCAAGUUUUAGAUGGGCUCAUACACCAAUACAAAACUGGACAUGGUUUCAUAGGGGAGAAAAUGCUCAAAAGGUGAAUGGGAUGGAAUCUAGUCACGGAUUUCAAGCAACGGAGAGCGUUCAAAUUUUCAAACGAGAACUAGGCGAAAAGGAAAAACUGAAAGCAUUGUUCACUACCUUAUGCAAAAAAGUUACAUAAUUUGUAAGAGCAUUCCUGGCAAUGGUGAGCUUAUUGUGAAGGUUAAGCUUUUAUUUAUCCAUUUUAAUCACAGUUUGUACAUUGAUUAUGUAAUAUAUGUCUGAAAUAAAA